GUUGUCUUAAUUAAAUUGAUUUAUUGAGUCCUUCGAGGUAACUCACAACUAUAAGAUUAAGUACGUGAUGGUAAUAAGGCCAUCGAGAGGCCGAGAUUUUGGCCGAAGCACAAAAACUCAGAAUGAUACUUUGAAAAAAACCUGCUUGGUUGCCCAAUUGAAGCCAAAUUCACCGUGCAUCUAAACCGGAAAUUUCCUCAUGUUGUGGUAAAAAAAUUUCCUUCUAUCUCUUCUAGUAUAGGAGCCACAAGUUUUUGAAUUAUAAAAUGCGACAUAAAAAAUUAGCUUGAAGUUUUCAAAAUUCUUCAAUAGCCUCGUAGGGGCUCGAUUGCUAUGAAACUAACGGAGUAUCUUAAAAGACUCUUCCGCAUGUUGACGAAAAAAAAACGUGCUUCUUUUUCGUCUAGCUCGGGAUCGACAAGUUUUUAACUUACGGGCUUAGGCACAAAAACUCUAAAAACUGUUUCUUCUAGUUUUGGAGCGACGAUUUUUUUUAUUUAGGAGUUACGCACAAAAACUCAACUUGAAACUUUCAAAAUUCCUCCGCAGGCUUGAAGUCAGUCAAUUCAACGAAACUUACGCAGUAUCUUAAUAAGACUCUUCCUCAUGUUGGUAGAAAAAAGCGGGUUUCUGUUUCGUCUAGCUUCGGAUCGAGAAAUUUGUCAAUUCCUGACUGAGCCGCUAAUAAAAUCGACUUGAACUUUGAAAAUUCCUCAGAAACCUGUUACUGCCCCGAUUUAAACCAAACUCAUCUAGCAACUUCGCAAAACUCUUAUUCGUUGCUAGUAAAUGUUGCACUUCGAUUUCGUCUAGUUCGGGUUAGACGAAUGUUUCAAUUUCAGCCUGAGGCACGGAAAACUCGCCUUGAAACUUUGAAAAUUCUUCAAAAGCUUCUUAGUUACUCGGCUAAAGUCAAGCUUAAUUUUCAGACGGCUCUUCCCCAUAAUGGUGAAGAAAAUGUGUUCAAGUUCGGGAGUGAGAAAUUCUCCACGUCCGAACUGAGACACAAAGACAUUUAGUUCAAAAUUUGAAAACUCUUCAAAAACUUGUUGGUUGCCCAGUUGAAAUCAAACUGACCCUGCAUCGUAACAAAACUCUUCUUCAUGUUAAUGGAUCGGCGAAUUUAUAAGUUCCGGAGCGAAAACUCAACUCAAAAUUUUGAAAAUUCCCCAAGAGCUUCCUAGUGGCCCGAUUUCGAAACAGCAAUUUUUUAGAUUUCCGACUGAGGUACAAGAGACUCAACUUGAAACUUCCGCAAAAGCCUCUUAGUGGCCCGAUUGAAGCCAAAUUUGCCAUAAAAAUUCAAUGGAAUUGUAUGAGUGCAACCCUGGAUUGUUGUAUUGAUUUGGAGCCAAACCCUUGUGAACCCAGCCAUAACCCUCUAGGCUUUAUGUUCAGUUUAUGUUUGUUAUUCAUUCUGGCGAAAAAAUAUCGGAAAUAAUAAUCCCUUAAGUGCUUUCCAGUGACGAUUAUUAUAUUAUUUGGGUCACGCACACUGGAUCAACUAAGGGCAGUGACGACGUUGCCAGCAGCAAAGAUUUCCUGGAUUUGAACCUGGAUUCCCAUUCCAGGAAUUACCCCUAAACUACCAGUUUCGUGUAAAAUUGGCUGCUACAAUAUUAUGACCUUUAUUCCCAAUUGUUUCCUAGAUUUCCAGCUGUCGAUAUGGUGCUGUUGCAUGAUUCUUCAAUUGUUACUUUACACAAAGAAUUGGAGUGGAAAGUUUGCAUUUAUUUACAUGGGUGGCAUUAGCUAGAAAUUAUUAUUUACAGGGUUUGCUUUGAAUCUGAGCCUCCAGGCUUUCUGGGUGAAGAUGUUCAUCAAUUGAUUUUGAGCCACAAUAUACACCUUCUACUUCUUCGCGCUGUUUUAGAGACAUUUUAAUUAAACACUGAAGAAUCUACACUAAUUUCUCACAGAUUUAAUACAAAUUUCAGUUCGGUUUCUUCAAGCAAACGACCUGUAGAAGGCUGGUUGUAAAAGUUACCGAUAGAAUUUCAUUCGGCUAAACCAGCAGUCAAGUAAAUUAUAUGCAAAGUCCAAUGCGACGAGUCGAAGUUUUUUAAAGAUUUCAUUUUAGGUUUCCAUUAAGGGCUAAGGCCAUUAAAAACACGCACCAACGCAAAAUAAGUAAAGUAUUUGCAAACUGUAUUGAGACAAAAUUUAUGAAUGUCCAAAUCCGAUAUUGAAUGAGUGGCGCAAACAGAACUGAUGCAUUUUGGAAUUUAAAAUAUAUAAAUAAAGUUCCAUUGUUUCUCCAUGAAAAAUGUCGAAGCAAUGCCCUGACCAGACCAAUUUUAACAUUGUCUCAAUAGACGUUGCAUAUACUUUACCACCAAUUAUUAAAAGUUGUUUUUGGGGCUGGAGUCAAACUGCACCCGGAUAUUUUGAGCAACACUUGGUAUGAUGAAUUUAAAAUUGGCAACGUGGGCGAUAGCGCCGAUAUCGGCGCCAGCGCAAAUUUUCUGAAUGCGGACUCUCGGUUGUUUGAGGCCUCAAACUUCAAUAAUGCAGUUUCGCAUAGAAUGGCAUCAGCACGUCCGAUCCACGAGUUAAUAUGUGAGCUGUUUGAGUGAUAAUGGAGCAGGUCAGGCGGAGAGCGCCGUGGAUGAGGUCGCUCCUGCUCCUGCUGCUCAUUCUAAAUGGCGUUGAGGAUAACGAGGCGAACGAUGAUGUAAAAAAAAAAUUCAGUGAUCCUUGCAGUUCGACGGAAGAGUGCGACUUCGAUGGAUCCAUAUGCGAUCCCAUCACCAAUAAAUGCGACUGUCGUCCAGAGCUCACCGUCACUAAUCACUUGGAUAAAUGUGGAGUUGCUGCCUCAGUAAAUCAGUCCUGCUUCUUUAACGAACAAUGCGAAAGGGGAACACCAAUGACAGAGUGCAAGGAUGGAGUGUGCACUUGCCGGUUCGAAAGACAAGCCGUAAUGAGAGCGGGAGGUUUAAUGGAAUGCAUACCUAUUCCGAACAUCGUUAUUUCUCAGCGCUAUAUAGAUCCAGCUAUGAUCGGGAUUUUGGUAGCGAUGUUCCUCAUGUUCAUCACCAUCUGCAUUGUCUUGCGCCUCUUCAGCAACGCGAGAUGGAGAGAAAAUCGAACCAUUUUCAAUACGCCCAACCCCAGGCUGAUGAAUGCCUCUCUGCUGAGAGACACCAAGUUGGGGCACCAUGAAAGACGUGGUUCGAAAGGGAGUAGAGGACCAAGUCGGCCUGAUAGCGUAGCUUCUUUGCCCCCGCAUUCGCCACUUUCCACAGGUAAAGUUGCCGUUUUAACCGAAAUCCAUCAAAAUCUCCAACGGGCGGGAUUCGUAGAAUCCAGGCGUGGGUCCAAAGGCAGCAGUGUGUCGGGAGCCUCCGAGAAACCGAAGAGUCCAUCCCAUUCGACGCCGAUGCUCGAAAGCGUGGCAGUGGACGUCCAAGGGACACGGCCAUAGACAACAAGGAAUAUUAAUCUUAAUAAUUUACUUAAAUAUUACAUUUACUUAAUCAAAUUUCCAGCAAUAAUUAUUUCCGUAAUCAUGCAUUACUUCGGUAGCAAGGUGAUGUUAGGGACCAUAUACAAUGAAAUUUGUCCAAUCAUCACGAAACAAUUACUCUAAUGACUAGACUAUAUAAAGUAUAGGGAUACUAUAUAGGCACUAGUUGAAGUUCCAUUCUUCGCACAGAAUGAAUAAUCUAGAAGUAGCUGUUUCUUUCAACCCUCCAUCUGCCGACUUAUAAUAUGACUAACGACCAUUUGUUUAUGCUCGGUGGUAGCCAAGAUACUGGGAAAAUUUUGUGAUACUACCAACUUAAACUGUGAUUUGAUGUUGUUAGCUUAGCAGCUUAGGGAGCUGGCGGUGACGAAAAGGGCUGGGAAACCUUUUCGCCAGUCCCAGCUCGAUCGUACCUUAUACAACCCUCUUUUUUACUCUUAUAUAUACUUAUCGAUAACUUUGCUCAUAUCUCUCUUUGUAGGUCUACAUAACGUGUUAUGAGCUUUUUAGCUUAGCUUCUUCGACACUGUACAGCUUUUCAAUCUUUGUAUUCUUAUACUGUAUUGUACAAUUAUAUAUGGUACUGUUUACUCAUAUUUUUCGCUAUUUACUGGUUAUCUAAAUAAACUGGCAACAAAAUGCUAAGCUGAA